CGCCAAACAAGAGCGAAAAUUUGAGAAGGACUGACUGACUGACUGACUGACCGACCGACCGCUGCUACCAAGCAGCGCCCCCCGCCUGUCAUGUCCCUGCCACAUGUCCAACCGACCGACAGAGUUGAGAAGCACGACUACUGUAAGUGAAUAUGCAAGUGUAUUGGUCACUGAAGGUAAGACCAAAUGCACAUCUAUCUGGCAUUCAACACUCUCACAAGCACCAUGCACCAAGCGGUCUGUGUUGAGCGCCAUAGAAAGAAAAUAAACCAGACUAGUCAUUUGGAGGGUGUCGGUGCGAUAGUUAUCCACACCUGGUUGACAUUUCCGUGAGUAACUACACCGUGAAAUGAAAGAAGUACACCACCGUCACUACAGACGACACAAGCAACACUGUCCCCUCCGAGCUUGUGCCGAGACGCCAAUGAUCGACCAGGUUGAAUGACCGUCGGAGUUAGUCUCAGUAUUACCAGCUGGGGAUCGCUCAGGGCCGUGCAGUCUAAGAUGAGGAUCUACCCAGUCUUUUACUCUUUUAUGUCUACCUGGUAUUUCUUCAAUUGUUGUUUUUUCUUAACAAUUUCGCUUUGCUUUGCUUUUCUUCCAUCCGUCUUGGUUUUUGGUCCAUUUUCCUUUCUUUUUUUAUUUUAGUCUCCCUAUCCUCUGUGUCUGACUGGAAGAUAGAAAUUGAGACCAGCCCAUCCACCCCAUGUGCCCAUCAUUAUGGGGCCCAGAGAGGGUGUGAUCCUUCCAAGCCAGACACAAGGCCAUACUGCUGGAUCUAUCUAGUCAUUCUUGGAAGUCCGCUACCGACGGCCCGACACCCGCAGCCGUCGUACAUACAGCAGAUCUUGCGGGGCUGUAGCUCAUCCUGACGGAGUAUACAGCAGGGUAGACGGCGAAGAUGGUUGGCCCCGACGGAGUUAUUCACCUUCAGUUGAACAUGGUCAGGGUCAUGGAUCCAAUCGGGAGGUCGUUC